GUGCAGGUGUCAUGUUAACCCUUUGUAGAGACAUCAAAGGGGGUUCCCUUUGUUCCCCCAAAUCACAUUCUGGACACGCCCACUUCUUCCUGGAGAUAUAAACUGAGUCUGGACAGGGAGAGCCAACAUUCUACCCAGAGGCACUUAGUAGCACAGACAUGACUUGCGACUCUGAACUUGAGCAGAUCAUCUACACAGCACUGACCCUACAAGAUGACUAUCCGGCAUUUUGCCCACCACCGAAGGACCAAGACAAAUCCAGCUCCAGCCUUUUUGGCCUGAUUCCUGAUCCUCUCCCAGGGGUGGAAAACCAGGGAAUCCUGCAGAAGACUAUAUGGGAACUUUAUUCUGUCCUUGGGAUCCCACAGGAUUCUUUUUUAAACAGAAGCUUGAAGCAUCAUGAUCUAGAACCCAACAAGGAGUCACUAUCCACUAACAAUGAGAUAUCCAAGGGCCGUAAACGGCCAUUGUAUGAAGAGGAGCAGAGGGAAAGCAAGAAGCCCAAAUUAGAGAUGGAUCACUACCUGCCAUCUGCUCGCACCAGGUGUAGGAGAAGAACCAUUUAUUCCAAGGAACAGACCCUCUUCCUACAGGAUCAAUUUGAUCUCAACCCCUAUCCGGACUUUGUGAGCAGAUGCCACAUUGCCAAGAUAACUGGGAUCCCGGAGCCCAGGAUACAGGUUUGGUUCCAGAACAGAAGAGCCAGGCAUCUGCUCAGAGCCACCGGUUCUCAGGUUCCCCAUGGAAAUACAUCACUGACUGAAGAAGAACCCAGAUGCUUCAUCUACGGAGAACCUCAAUAUCCGGAUAUGUGGGGCUAAAGCCAAACUACUACCCAAUAAGUCACUGAAGUCCUGUUUGCACUUGAGACACUUUUUAUCUGCUGAAUGAUGUGUAUAAAUAUAUAUUAAAUGAACUCUUAAACGACUUUUCAUUGGCUAAAACAGAGGCAGAUUCAGAGAGAAAGGAAAUUUUUAUUGGUCAUUUAUGUAUUGCUUUUCUAGUAUAUCAUGGGAUGUAAUAUAUAUAUAUAUAUAAUAGCUUUAUCGGCACUUCUCCUCCCUGUAUUGUAUUAUAUGGAGAACAGUUAAUGAUUUACAUCACCAUACUAAGUACUUGAUCAUAGCAGUUAAUUGGUUUUAGCUUACGCCAAUGGUUGGCAUUUAAUUAUAUAAUAUUAUGUGUUAUUAAUUUGUAAUAUAACUUGGUAUUCAAUAAAAUUGUAUCUUUUUUUAUUAUUCAU